AUGUGUAAGUUGUUAUUUUUUCAGUUGGAUUUUUAAGUAUUUUCUUUGAAUCACUAUUUGUUUAAGUUUUCCUUCUCAUGUUUCUUUUAAAUGGCAGUAAUGAAUUGGAUUUAUGGUCAUUUAAUUUUGAAUAAAACUACUAUACAAAAGAUUUCAUCACAUCAUCUUCAAUUAAAUUUAUCUAUUAAAUUUAAGCAUUAGUAGGAGUAUAAAUAUUUUGUUGAAUUAAAUUCUUCAGCCAAAUCAAUUUUUUUAUGGUUUAAUUUCAAAAACGAAAGUACUUUAGUUUAUUGUUUGAUUUUUCUAAAUCUUCUCCUAAUGGAGCUUAUUAUUAUUAGUCCAUUAUAAAAUUAGCCUCCUUUACAAUAUUAUGAUCAGAUUCUGAAUUUUAAAUAUUCUUAAGUUUCUGAUUUCAAUUUAAUGUUCUCUUUGACAACGGGAUCAAAAUUAAUAUGCAUCAAACCUUAUCUACAGAAAUACUCCACAAGAGCAUAAAAUUUCAUUUCACCAAACUUGAAGUGUAUCUUAUGUUUUUAUUAACUCUAUCUUAGUUCUUAUUACUCUUUCUAAAUAAUUUGUGCUAAAAACAUCUAAUUUUGGAGGUCUUAAAGAGUCAGCAUAAUUUUUGACAGCCAUCAUUUUUAGAGUAAUACAGCGCUUUUCUUUUUCUCAUAUUCAUUCUACUGUUUAAGGAUAGCCGUUCCAACAGGUGUAAAAUUUUCUUUUAAUUCUGUAUCAAUUAAACAGGUAUCGGUUGAUCCGUUAUGCCAAACUCUCAAUUCAUAUUUCAUAAGGAAACCAUGUUACCAAGCUUUCUCGCCUAAUAAUCUGCCUGGCAUUUUUUUCAAUAUUUUUUCUCCAGGUGAUCCAAAAAAGGAUUAUAUUUAAUCGAUCUAAUUUAAUGUGACUCUUCUUUGCAGAAUUGUUUUCUACAAAAUUUUCGAGUAGAAUUCUUUUCACAGCCUUCCUCACGCAAUUUAAGAUACAUCAUUGCAUUGCUGUUAAAAGAUGUAUGAAUACGAGUACAAAUAGAAAAUAUAUUAAUGA